AGAAAUUAAUUAAAAAAAAUUAAAAAUGAAGUUAGAAAAAGGAGAAGUGGUCAAGUCCACGGAGAAGAACUACCGAAGCAACAGUAGCACCUUAUCAUUACUUGGUGCGGUCACACCAACACCAUACCACACCUUAUCGUAACGCCAUUCACACCCAUACCUCUCUCUCCCAACCUUGCGGAUCUGAGCUUCACUCGUUUCUUACCGCUCUGUUUUCUUCCUCUGAGCUCCGAUUCAAUAAUUGAGUAUUGCGGAUGGCUCCUUUUGCGAUUGCAACAUCCCCCUCUUCUCACCUCUGUCACCUCCCAAAACCCCCAAGCUUGAAGCUUCCAAUUCGCUGCUCUAUGGCUGCGUCUUCUCCUACCUCAGUUUCCACUCAAUCAAAAACUGUUCAUUUUGAUUUGAAGACAUAUUGGACUUCCCUAAUGGUGCAGAUCAAUCAGAAGCUAAAUGAAGCUAUUCCAGUUCAGUUUCCUCCGCAAAUAUAUGAAGCUAUGAGGUAUUCAGUCCUUGCCAAAGGUGCCAAGCGAGCCCCGCCCGUUAUGUGCAUCUCUGCUUAUGAACUCUUUGGGGGCAGCCGCCUUGCUGCUUUCCCCACUGCCUGUGCCCUCGAAAUGGUUCAUGCAGCUUCAUUGAUACACGAUGAUCUUCCCUGCAUGGAUGACUCCCCCUCACGGAGAGGCCAGCCCUCAAACCAUACCAUGUAUGGUACUGACAUGGCAAUUCUUGCUGGCGAUGCCCUCUUUCCCCUUGGAUUUCGUCACAUUGUUUCACAUACUCCGUCUGACCUUGUGCCUGAGCCCCACAUACUUCGUGUGAUUGCUGAGAUAGCUCGCUCUGUAGGCUCCACUGGGAUGGCUGCAGGGCAGUUCCUGGACCUCGAAGGAGGGCCAAAUGCAGUUGGAUUUAUACAAGAAAAAAAGUUUGGUGAAAUGGGGGAAUGCUCUGCAGUGUGUGGAGGAUUGUUGGCUGGAGCUGAAAAUGAUGAAAUAGAGAGACUGAGGAGGUAUGGGAGAGCUGUUGGGGUACUGUAUGCAGUUGUGGAUGAUAUUCUGGAAGAGAAAUUGAAAGCUGAGGGAGGUAGUGUCAGGAAAAAUAAGGGGAAGAGUUAUGCAGAGGUUUAUGGAGUCGAAAAAGCAACAGAAAAGGCUGAAGAGCUUAGAGCAAAGGCUAAGGAAGAAUUGGAUGGAUUUGAGAAGUAUGGGGAGCGAGUCUUUCCUCUCUACAGUUUUGUGGAUUAUGCGAUUGAUAGAAGUUUCAGUGUUGAAGACACCAGUGGAUAGUGGGUUCUUGAUAUUUAACUAUGUAUAGCUCUUUGAUUUAGCCAACCUCUCUUAGUUGGGAUAAAGCUUAGCUGUUUUUAUAGCUCUUCGAUUAAUUUGAAUACUAAAAGAAUCGACCAUUGCAUUGCAAUGAUUGCAUAGAGAACUUGCACAGUUUAGAACAAGGAACUGCAGGCUUAUACAAUCAACCGUGAGCCUUUAGACCUUGGUUUCCGGUUCUUUUUGGGUUGUGUAUCUUGAACAUCCGCAGGGAUGAAGUUGUGAAGCGUGGACCCAAAAAAAUCAAUCCAUGUCUAAUUAAAUAUGUAUCGUACAGUGGCAUUUGUGAUACCAAGUUAACAUUCCAAGAUCCUCAAGGUAAAGUAUUAUGGUUUAGUUUUUGUUUUUAUUUGACUCUGGUUAAAUAUAUUUCGGCACAUACUACUCUGUCAGAGAAUGGAACCGGGCAAAACACUCCCUUCUAUCGGGCUGAUUCAGAGGAGAGGAGUUUCUGACGAAUUGCGGUUUCGACAAAAUAAAAAAAUUAACAGUAAUUGAU